UUCGGUUGCGCUUCUUCGAAGCGUUCUACUUCAGUUUGCUAUUAGUCAUUGAACAUUAAAGUCAUGUUGUUCUACAAUUGCUUUUUAGUUGUGUUUUUGGCCGUCUCAAUAAAGGCUGAACAAGAAGAUCUGAAUAGCCAUCGUUCAUCGGAUCUCACAGCCUCACGGUUGAAGGAAGUACAGGAGCAGCUAGUUCAGCUCAGCGACCAACUGAACACACUCAACUCCCAAAUGGCAACGCGAAUGGCGUCCGUUGCCAACGACCAGGAACGAUCGUGCACUCGCAACCCCGCAAUAACCGAUUGCAGUGAAGUGAAAGACCAACGAUCCGGCAUUUACCCGCUGAAAGUUUGUUCCGAUCCGCCCUACAACGUGUACUGCAAUCAAACGUUCGAAGACGGCAGCUGGAUGGUAAUCUACAACCGCUUCGAUGGCCCCGAUCAUACCUUCAAUCAAACGUGGGAAGCGUACAGACGAGGCUUCGGUCAACCGGACGGGGAACAUUUCAUUGGUCUGGAACGGUUACACUCACUCACGUACGGUCGGUCGUACGAAGUGGCGUUUAUUCUGAACCGCGAUGGCCAGGAGCACGUUGGCAUCUACGACCGCUUCGAGAUCGACAACGGCCGGGAUCACUUUCCGAUUAGGGUGAUCGGGUCGGGAAGGGGCGGGCUGCGCCUAUUUCCUGAGACCACUGAGUUGCGCCGGUUUCAAACGUACGAUCGGAACAAUUUGCAUCCACUGGCGCGCGUCACAAUGAUCGAGGAAGAGUGUGGCUUCUGGUUUGUCGAUAUGCCGCACGGACAUGAUUCGCCCGGUUUUCAACGGUUCUGUGCCAAUUUGCGCCAGUUGAAAGUUAUGAUAAGAAAGCUCCCAAAUGCAAGUUGAAGUGUGCAAUAAAGAUUUCAUAGCUUUUUAUUAUUUUA